AAAGUCCCGAGAGGCGGUUUGCAAGGCAGCCAUAUUGGAUUUGACAGUCUCAGCAAAGAGAUGAACGACUUGACCCAGCAUAGAUAUUUUGGGAAAGCUCCCCGAAACACAAUCCUUGGAACCCAUUCCAUGGGAAUUGGAUAUGUCAUCUUGAUGAUUAUUCUUUUACUUUGGUUAGAAUUUUUUGAAGUGAUUCCUUCGCUGUUUCGAGACUCCAUGCAACUGUUUACAACAAACUUCUUGGUUUUUCUUUACAUUAUGAUCAACGUGACUGGGAAUUAUUAUUACUUAGUGACCACCGACACGUCUUAUAAGAAGGUUGAAACAUGCAACGAAGAAAGGGAUGGAUAUUUCUACUGUCAAUCUUGCGAACAAAAUUCGCCUCCGAGGUCACACCAUUGUUCGUUUUGUGAUAGGUGCAUUGUAAGGCGUGACCAUCAUUGCAUUUUCACGGCAUCUUGCCUCGGUCACGCCAACUACCGUUUCUUUAUAGUCUUCAAUCUAUUCGUAUUCGUCGGAUCAGCUUAUGUGGUGAUUAUAAACCUGUACUAUUUGCACAUCAAUAUUGGCCCUUUAAUUCCUCUAAGCUUUGAAGCCAUCUGCAAAGUAAUACCACUUUUGACUGUGUUUAAACUGUGGACUGGUAGUGUCACGUUAUAUUAUUUUCUUGUGGUCUGUGUGACAUGGCUGUGUUUAAUUCAAGCGUUCGGUUGCUUUGGGUGUUUUGUCUUUCAAAUGACAUUGAUUUUCUCUGGACAGACAACUUAUGAAUGGCGACAUAACAUUUUCAUUUAUGAUGAAGGAUGGAAGAAGAACUUUCAAGAUAUCUGUGGACCUCUAUGGUACCUUUGGUGGCUUUUCCCAUUUUUUCAGCUACAAAAGCUCGCAUCAAACGAGGAAGAUUACUACACUCAAUACACUUCAAAAUCUUCAAAGUAUGUCUAAUUACUCAAUAUACAACUGCAGCCAUAUUUUUAUUUAUAAAGACAAAUAAACAGUAGACAUAUGCUCUCAUUGAUACUCUACCGACAGGCUAUCAGAUCAUGCAAUCUGGCAAAAUAAGUUGUAAAAAUAAAUGCUUGUAUUCCUAAGGUAAAGGUAAAAAGGUAAAGUCUGCAUACGA